AUGUGCCCAAAAUAUCCCCAUAGGCAUUAUAAUGUUUCCAAAGGAACUCAAAUAAUAUUAAAUGUGUUUGGCCACAAUUUCAAGUAUCGUCUAAACCAAUAUUUAAGCGGACCCAUCCACACAAGAACUUACAUCAAAUUGACACCCUCAUUUGCCGAUUGCACAAGUCCCAUAAUCACCACAGGAAAAAAAGCAUUUUUUUUCAUACAUCUGUACAUUUAUUUGAAUAUCAUACGCAAUUACAAGCUAGAGGAAAACAUGGCAAUCGAUUAUGUAUCAACGACCCCCUUACAGCCACGUGGUUACAACAGGACAACUAGAGGUGCACACACAAUAUCGAUUAAAAUUAUCGGCUAUCGAUUUAACCACGCGACUAUAUGA